ACUGUAAUUAUGAAAAUGUUAAUGAACAAUUCAUUCAAUGUAUUGACCAUUUUAGAAUUUCCAAAAGCACCUAAAUUGAAGUUAUCACGACAAAUUAUUGACGGUCAAGAGACAUGGGAUGACAGACAGUUUUAUUGUUCUGGAGAACUUGGCCCGGAAGGAACUUUAACAAUAGAAUGGACCAUAAAUGGAACGUUUGUACCACUUCUUAGUGAUAACGACACAGACAACGAUGUUGCUUUUAUAAAAGUGGAUCGGAUUGAUCACCAAACAAGCACAUGCAACAAUGAGGUUGCAAUUCCCUUUGCAUUCAAAACUGCUUACGUUAAUAGUGAGCUGCAUGGCAAACGUUUACGUUGUAAAACAUCCCCGUCGGCCGGUCUAGGGUUAGACGUACUGUACUCGAAUGAGGAAGAAAUUAAAGUCAUAAACAGUUCAUUCUGUAAGGAAAGAGACGAUGGAUACUACAAUCACCCAUUCCAUUGCAACCUUUAUAUACAAUGCUACUCUACCAAUAUUGCCGGAAUGCAUGAAUGUCAAGACAGAAACUGUUGGGAUGCAUCUGAUGGAGUCUGCAAACAAUGCGACCAGCUUGUUGUUGGAUGUCAGGGCGAAGUUACAACGACAACCCCAGAUCCAACAUUAGAGCAAAUAAACUGCCUCCCGUUACAAAUAUCCGUCUUAAAUGACACCCGCCCGAACGACGUAUAUUGUAGCCUGGUAAAUGUUGAACAAAUAAACAUUUUGAAUAUAACCAAGAACGGAAAUCUGCUGCAGAGCAUACAUUCGCCUUCAGGAAUACACACUUUUGGGGAUUUUAUAAGCGCAAGUGUUGCAACGGGUGCCAUAAACGUAACGUUUGGGACAGCUUUUUGCGAAGACGAAGGCAAAUACUUGAUAGAGUUGAACAAUGAUACCAGGGCCGAAUUCAGUUUACGGGUCGUUUCUAAUGCUGAGAUCCCGAUACUGAAUAUAACCUCACGGCCAAAGCUGAAUCAGAUUCUGAAGCUGACAUGUGCAGCAAUACUUGGACGCGGACCGGGUGGAAGAGAAAGAACGCAGGUUGUGCUGCAAAGGCGAAAGAACAGUGCACCAUUCGAAGAAUAUGGAACAACUCAUAUGUCUGACUGUUCAACUUCCCCGUGCGUGUGUUUCGUGGAGGCUGAAUAUUUAGUACUUCUCACCGAUUCUUGGAAUGAAACAGACGUUAGAUGUGCGUUGAAAAAUACCAGCACAAACGUGAUCGAAGAAGAUCUUACAUCAUCGGAAUCGAGAAUCAUUUUAGGCGACACAGAAAUAUAUUUUACGGACGUAAACAAGACUGCGACAGUAGGUACUCCAGUGGAACUAAUUUGCAAACUUCAAAACGGACAAGGAGAUCAGGGAGUGAAAAUUACUAGAACAUCUGACAACUUAAAUUGCGCGGUGGAUAGCAACAUGAACCAGAUACAUUGUGAUGUGGGUUAUUCAGUGUCAAGUGACAUGUCAGGCGAUCUCCAAGUUGUUAUCAUUACGAUUGAGUCAAUGAGUUGCAUCGACGAGAGUGAAUACCACUGCACAGCUGUAAAGGAUUCGUCAUCGUAUGCGUCCUUACGUUUGAUGGCACAAGCGGACCCGAAGGAACCUAUCCUGUUCAUGCCAAUGACGACUGUGGAAAAUAUACCAACUCCUUAUACACAAGUAGACAAUUUGUGGUGCAUUGCAAACAUCGGGUCUGACACAAAUCGUGUAGUUCAAAUUGAAAUCCAAAGAAGCAGUGAAUCCGAAUUUAGUGUUUUUAAUCUUAAGACAGCUGAACCACUAGAUACAACGCCAGGAAACUGUGAAAUAAACGUCACAAUAACAUACAAAGGAAUUAAAUUCGAUAAUUCCUACAAUAAUUCCAAAAUACGAUGCAGUGUCUACCAGAAUUCAUCAUCUACUGAGCCUAUGGUAUCAUCUCCAAUGUACAAUGUUACACUCCUUCCAGAAUCAAUAUGCAACGAAGUAACUAACACAGAACUGGUUUUGCGUUAUCCAUUCUCCUAUCUUGGUUCAUGUCGGAAAUACGUCCGAUGUUUAGCUUCUGGUUUGAUUUAUGUACGAGAAUGUGGCUCAACACUGUGCCCAGUAAUUACGAACAAUGGGACCACUUAUGUUUGUGAUUAUGGAUGUAGUAGCUGUUAAGAAAAGAAAAUCAUGUAAAUAUUGUUUGUAAAAUAUGACGGUUUUGAAAGUAUUAACAUACAGAAAAGAAAACGAUUGUUUAACCAUUAAAUGAUUAGAAUGAAUCUUCUAAUAUAUUAGAACAUUGAAAUUAUUUUGUACAUAUAUUUACAGAUAAGAAACUAUAGUUAUUCUGUUACUUUAUUCAUUGAAUAUAUAUAUUAAUAUGUCAACCAACUAAAAUUGUGUAUAUACUUAGUUAACGUCUUAGAAUGCUUUGAACGAAAGACACAUCAGUGACUGUGUCAGGAUUGGUUUUAUUCACGUUUCGUGUUCUUCAGUUUGUAAUUAUAUAUAAUUAUUGAACGGUAUUUUAAAUGUGAAUGUAAAAAACUAUAUGCUACCGUUUUUUUACACUGUAUAUGCUUAUAAAUGAUGUAUAUUAGUUAGUUUUACCAUAAACAAACUUCUAUCACGCAUGUACUUUACUGCACUAAAUAUUUAAAUUCCUGAACAAGAAAAGGCUCGACAAUAAAAUUCUUGGGCCAUACAUCAAACAUGUACAUGAUAAUUCUUAAAACAGCGAACAAAAAUAAACUACUUAUAAAUACAGCAACGUAAACGCAUAAUCAUGCACCCAUCUAUAUUGUAAUUAGCUUUGAAGAUAAUCAAGUUGAGAACCAAUUUAUUUGAUUUACUACUGUAAUCCUCAUACAAGAAGUAGCAGAAAAAUAUACGCGUCUAUUUGAAAGCAUCUAAAUACUACACAUAACUUUUGAUUUUUUCACUUUAAUUGAAACUAAUAUCCCAAAACAUAAUUUUAAAUUGAAUAGCCUAAAACUAAGCCUGUAAAUAAGAAAAAAAGGUAUAAACAAUGUAUUAGUUAACUUAACUCCAACAAUUUUAACUGUUUAAAAACACAUGCUUUAAGUUUCAGUACGUCUAAACUGAGUUAAAUAAUUGCCAAAAAACUUGUUUAUAUAUCUAUGAUUGAAUCUCAGAUAAUGUCUGAUAAAACGCCUCAUGAUGCUUUAUUAUACAGAAAUGUAUGGGAGUUUUCACUUACUUGAUCACUGACUCACUAUAUGUAAAUGAGGUAGACACGUGGAGGGAACACAGCUCUUUGUAAACAGAAGCUUUUUACGCCCUGAAAAGAAGAUUCCGUGCUUUAGCACAACUAAUUUAAAAAAUACAAUUUAAAUUCAACUCCAAUUUUUUAAAAAUAUGUGAUGCAAGAAUGUUCGUAUGAAAAUAUGUCCAUGUUGUUUAAGGAAAAAUCCCCCAUUUAAUCUGCCAAUAUUUUUUGUCUUAUUAACUCCAUUGUCUGCUAAUAAACAUAUAUUUAGCAUUCAGUUAAAAUAUUUUAUGAGCAUAACAGUAAACAUAUGCUUAUCAUGUUUAAAAAAUUAUUUGAACCAGUAACUUUUUUAUUUAAAUAUGAUAAUUAUAAGUAUAUAAAGCCAUAACGGAAGGCACGUGAUAUGCGUAGUGACGACGUGCGCGGUCAAUUAAGAAUGUUGCAUGUUGCAUAUUUGUUAUUGCGAUAAAUAUCCUUUUGUAUCAUCAUGGGGCUUAAACAUGUCAAAAAGGUUAAGAGAAAUCAUAUGGAUAAACAUUCCGAAAUGUUUGUAUUGCUAAAACAUAAUUAACUUUGUUUGAAACAUUUAUUAAUAAAGGUGUUAUGAUGCA